AAACAUAAUGAAUUUCCCAAAAUAGGACCAUAUGUUUUUAUUUCCGAAUGUAGGACCUUUGGUCAUUAUUCUUUAGUCAUUAUUCAAGUAAUGUCUAUCAUUGCUGGGCAUUAUUCCUUCCACGAAUACAUUAUUAAGUCCUAUUUAGGAAAUAAAAAAGUUUAAGUCCUAGAUUAGGAAAGUCAUUAUGUUUUAGUCCUAUUUAGUGCAAAUUUCACUAAUUAUAUUUGUGCGAGAAUGAGUACUACACUACUUCAGAAUCAGUACUACCCGGAUGUAUCGUACAUCCGGUUAGCGGUUACCAUAUACUUUCUCCUUCCGAAGAGCAACUCCAAGGGAAAAGGUGCGUGCUUAGCCAUGGAGGUGGAUUUGGUAACAGAUGAAAUGCCGGAAGAUGAAAGAUAUGACAUUGAUGAAAAUUUUGAUGUUUUUGAUACCAUUGGAGGGAACACGACUGAUGAUGAUUCAUAUUCCAGAGAUGACGACUGGUCCAUCGAAGGAAAUAAUAAUACUCUCUCAUUUCCGUCUUACUAUAUUGAUGAGAAUGCAGUUGUCUGCUUAGAUGGAGAUGGCUGCAAAGUCCGGAGUGGAUCAGCAGGAAUUGAGGAUGAUUCAAAUCUUGACACUUCAAUUGCUUGUGACUCAUGUGAUAUAUGGUACCAUGCUAUUUGUGUUGGAUUUGACCCUGAAGGAACUUGUGAGAACUCAUGGUUAUGCCCAAGAUGUGUUUCUGAUAAUGUCCCUGGCAAGCUGGAUGUAUCCAAGUCCCACAACCAAUGCAAUCUAGAGACUGCAAGUAGUAACCCCUCAACUGAGGAUGUUUUAUCUGGAAAAGUGUGUGUUUCUGUUGCCGAUGAUGGUGAGACUGCCGUUGUUGUCUCAAUGAUUGAUGGAUAUCACGAGGCCGAAGCAUUGGAUGGACAAAUCUCGACCUCACAUUUUAGCAAGGACGUGGAAACUGACACAAUAGCAUCUACUUCUGUUGUUGAUACUUCCAAUUCAGUAUUGAAUGACACAAACUGUACUGUGCCAAACUUGAUGGUAGAGGACCAAGAACAUACCUCUUCACCACAGAAGCAUUUAGAUUUAAGUUCAUAUUCUGUUGUAUUGGCUAAUGCUAAGAUAAACAGUAAUGAUCAAGCACCAUGUGGAAUUCCAAUCAUAAAUAGAUCCGCUCAGCCUAUUAACAACAGAGUGAUAGAUCCUGGUUCAGAUCUUGAUCUUGGUUUAACAGUGGAGUCUUAUGCAGAAGGGUUUCCUGUAAAUGAGUCAGAUGACAAGGUGACAUUGGAAAAGAAGGAAGUUCUUGUAGCAAUUACUGGUUCUAAGAGAAAACACAAAGAAAUCAGAGAUACUGAAAGGGGAAGAAGUAAAGGUAAGAGUGAGAAUCCAUCUCACUUGAAGAAAGUGAAAGUUGAGGCCACUGAACAAGUUGGUCGUAAGGACCAAACAGUUAUAGGUGCCUUAAAUUCUGUGUCCAGAUCAAGUGUAACUAAUCCUAAAGUUAGCAAGCCAAAAUGCAUAUCAAAAAAGGAAAGUGCAGAAAUUGAUAUUAUGGAUAUAGUUCAGGAUACAAAUUGGAAGUCUGUGAAGAAAGGUGCACGAGGCCAUCCUGAUGGUAUGCCCUGUAAACAGAGGGGGAAUGCAGCUGGUUUGCGGGUCAAAAAAAUAAUGAGACGAGUUGAUGGUGGAGAUUCAUCUGUAUUAGUACAAAAGUUAAGAAAGGAUAUCAGAGACGCAGUCCGUGGUAAAUCCACUGAGGAGUUUGAUAAAAACGUUUUUGAUAAGAAACUUCUAGCUGCUUUUAGAGUUGUAGCUGCACCAACAACCGAAACUAUGAAGUCACAUCUGGAUAUGAAGGCAAAGCAGUCAUUCUUGCAGAAGGGAAAAAUUCGUGAAAACCUAACCAAAAAGAUUUAUGGGAUUGGGGGGAGGAGACAACGAGCAUGGGCUCGGGAAUGUGAGAUUGAAUUCUGGAAACACCGCUGCCCAAAAUCAUCAAGGCCCGAAAAAAUUCAAACCUUAAAGUCAGUUCUUCACCGCUUAAAAGAUGAUUCUGAGAAUGCGGAGGUUAAGCAUGCAAAUGGAGAGACAACAAGCUCCAUCCUAUCAAGGCUAUAUUUGGCAGAUACUUCUGUUCUUCCUAGAAAUGAUAGCAUUAAGCCUGCCUCUGCCCUUAAUGAUAUGGAUAACUGUGAGCAGAGGACAAUAAAUGGCCCGCCCGCAAAUGCUCUCUCACCAUCUCUCCCAAGUCGUGUCAACACAGUUCUCCAAACCAAUGAACCUAAAAUACCUUCUAAUCUUAAUAAGAAAUACGAUUCUUCAUCCCAAGGACAUUUGAACAAAUGCCAAGAAGGGUCAUCCAACUCCACAUCAAUCAGCUCCAAUGUACCUUCCAAAGGGGAAUCUGUCACUCCUGAAAAUACAAAGUCUGAUAAAAGGAAAUGGGCUUUAGAGCUUCUUGCAAGGAAAACUUCAGGUGUUGGUAAGAAUACAACCAGGGGGAAUGCAGUGGAUAAUGCUGCACUCAAACCAAAUUACCCCUUACUAGCUCAACUUCCAAAAGAUAUGCUGCCUGUUUUGGCGCCCAGCCGUCACAAUAAGGUUCCCAUGUCAAUCAGGCAGGCUCAACUUUACCGCCUUGCAGAACAUUUCUUAAGAAAAACAAAUCUUGCAGUUAUUCGUAGGACUGCAGUAACAGAGUUAGCUGUUGCUGAUGCCAUAAACAUUGAGAAGGAGGUUGCUGACAAGUCUAAUAGCAAAUUAGUAUAUAUUAAUCUCUGUUCUCAGGAGCUACUUCGUAGAUCAGAUAAUACCACAUCUGACAAAGUGAAAGGGUUGAAUCCUGGGCAAUGUACUGAAAUGCCAUCAAAUAAUAUAUCAGAAUCGUCAAUUGAGAAUCAAUAUGCUGACCCUGAAGUCAAUGAGGCUCUAGAAAAUGCCGGGCUUUUGUCUGAUUCUCCACCAGGUACUCCACAGAGGCCUAUCGAGCAAAUUGAAGUCCUGAAUUGCUUCUCAAAUGAGGUUGAUGGUGAUGGACCAUCUGAUGUUUUUGAGGCUGAAGCUCCUCCUCCGGAUCUUGAUAUUUACGGGGAUUUUGAUUACAAUUUGGAAGAUGAUUUUGCGGUAGGUGUUAACAGUUCUGGGAUCAUUCCUGAGCCACAACUCGGAGAAGAAGCUAACAAAUUGAAAGUCAUAUUCUCUACACUUAACCCUGCUGAUACAUGUACUGUCACUCUUGAAAAACCGAAUAUUGAAAUAGAUGAAACUGUUGAAGGUCCCAAGGAUUCUUCUUGCUUGGCUGACAAAGUUGUUUUGAGCACUUGUUCAUUAGUUAAUACUGACAAUAGAGACAACUGUGUCCCUCAUAGUUCCGUUGUCGAUGGUGGUGAGGAGCUUUCUAUUCUGGAUUGUGAGGAAUUGAACAGGGACUGUGAAUCAAGCGUAGCACCCAAUUCAUCUAAUAAGCAAGAAAGUAAGAGUGGCAUGAAUAAUUUGGAAUCUGCUGCUUCUUCUGAGGGUCCUGCAAUCACAGAAAAGAAUUCACCUAAAAAAAAUCGCAAAGGGAGUGAAAAUGCAAAAAGAGGGGACCCUUUAGCUAAAUCCAAUACCAGAAAGGAAUCAGAUAAGACCAAUCCCGUCUCAAGAAAGGUUGAAGCUUAUAUCAAAGAGCAUAUCAGACCACUAUGCAAGAGCGGCGUGAUUUCAGUCGAACAGUACAGGUGGGCUGUGGGCAAAACUACUGACAAAGUUAUGAAGUUUCAUUCAAAAGAUAAAAAUGCUAAUUUUCUCAUCAAAGAAGGUGAGAAAGUUAAGAAACUUGCAGAGCAGUAUGUUGAGGCUGCGCACAAUAUGCCAAAGAAGGAAUAGGAAAGAAAGUAAUAUUCAGUCG